AUGCAGCGGAGUUCGGCAAUGCAAGAGAUCAUCGAUGACCUUUUGGGAAGUCUGCCGAUCCUCGAGUACAACGCAAGUUUCGUGUUCAAUAAAACUAAUCAUACGUGGAAUGAUUUACAGGACCUCGUGGAAAUAGAUAAGAGAGAUUUUGUUGGAGAUGGAUCAACAGUCCUCAGAAUCCUUAUAUCAAUUAUUUAUUCAGUGGUAUGCGCUCUGGGCUUAAUUGGGAACGUCCUUGUCCUGUAUCUCAUGAAGUCUAAGCAAGCUUGGAAAAAAUCGUCAAUCAACCUGUUUGUUACCAGUUUAGCUGUUACCGAUUUUCAGUUUGUUUUAACUCUACCUUUCUGGGCAGUAGAAAAUGCCCUGGAUUUCACGUGGUUGUUUGGAAAAGCGAUGUGUAAGAUAGUGUCAUAUGUGACUGCUAUGAACAUGUACGCGAGCGUUUUUUUUCUGACUGCAAUGAGCGUUGCAAGGUACUGUUCCGUUGCCUCGGCUCUGAAGAACAGGAGACGCCGGUUGCGCUUUUCAGCGCGGUGGAUGAGUGUCAUCAUAUGGUUGGCUGCAGUAGUCGCCGCGCUACCGAAUGCAAUAUUCUCCACGACAGCCACCGUAACAAACGAGGAACUGUGCCUAGUCAAAUUCCCCGACCGGAGCGGCGAUGCACAGUUUUGGCUGGGUUUAUAUCACGCACAAAAGGUACUGCUGGGGUUCCUCAUCCCCUUUGGAAUAAUCUCCAUUUGUUACUUACUCCUCUUGCGCUUCAUAACUAACAAAAACGUGAACACUUCCAGCGCAAAGAGACGAUCAAAGGUUACAAAGUCGGUAACUACUGUAGUUCUGUCAUUUUUCUUAUGUUGGCUACCGAAUCAUGCACUGACAACAUGGGGUAUACUAAUCAAAUUAAAUGCAGUACACUUUAGCUACGAAUAUUACACCACACAUGUGUAUAUUUUUCCAGUUACAGUCUGCUUGGCACAUUCUAACAGCUGCCUCAACCCCAUAUUGUAUUGCUUAAUGAGAAGAGAAUUUAGAAAGGCUUUGAAAAAGCUAUUUUGGCAAAUUACUUCGCCGUCUGUCACUAAUAUGCGACCCUUUACCGCGUCUACGAAGCAUGAUCAGGAAGAGCAGGGACGUGCACUAGUGCCGUUGAGUCAGGCUGAGCCCGGACUUAUUUUCUAUCCGCCCGGAGUUGUCAUUUAUAAUGGAAAAAAUGACCUUCUACCCAACAGCACGUAG